UAAUUUCAUCCGUGGAUUGUGGAAUGGCGGAGCUCAGAGCCUUGUUCCUGCUCUCACUGUGCCGUACAUUGUUAACUUCUGCUGGAUCCGCCUUGGACGUCUUUGCUCCCUCUUCCCGAAAAGCAGAGCUGGGAACUAAUGUCAUGAUACCUUGUACGUUCAAGGUGCACAGCAGUACAAUAAACCGUCAGUAUCUUGCUGUUUUGUGGAAAUUUCAGGGAACUGAAAUUGUAAAGUACGACAACAAGGGGCUUCACAUUCAGCCAAGGAUGCAUUUUGAUGAAAAGAACAUUGCAGAAGGAGCAGCUGAUUUAUACAUCCAUAAUAUCUCUGUCAGUGACAUUGGGAUCUAUAGGUGCACCAUAAUCUACAGCCAUGAUAUCAUUCACAAGGACAUUGAUCUGCUAGUUUAUGCUCGUCCGUCCAUCUCAGCCCUUGAGAAGAUUAAUGUGGGUGAUGAGCAGGAGAAGAUCUUGUGCUUGGUGACUGGGUUUUACCCUGAACGGAUCACUGUGCAGUUGAUAAAGGACGGGACAGUCAUGAGCGGCUCUGUUGUAUCCUCUCUUCACAAGAAUAAUGAUAAUACUUUCUCCAUCAAUAGCUCAGUGAUAUUACCAUCCACAGAGAAACCAAAAUCCCUCUCAUGUAAAGUCCAACACUAUUCUCUCAAGGCAGAUAUGCAACAAGACAUCCGGCUCGUGUAUAACGAAAAUGGAGGUGGAAACACUGGCCUGGGGGUGGGUGCGAUCUCUGGAGCAGUCAUAUUGAUCGUGCUAUUGAUCAUUGGCGCCGUUUUAUACAAGAAGAAAUCAGGACCCUCAGACGUUCUAGUAUCUAAAAUUCAUGGCACCAAAAUGAUCGACGGUGAGAGCACCACCCUGUAUUGUACUGCUUGUAACUGUUCCCAAGAGACCCGGGUAAAAUGGAUCAUCAAAAACAAAGACGGCGCAACCUGUGAGAUCACUGAGAACGAACUGGGAAAUAACGAGGAAGAGCAGCCGCUAAUGUCCAUGGAGUAUAAGACUUCAACAGAGAAGGUGGCCAGCCAAAAGAGGACAUCUCUUCAUGACAUUACUACCAAACUGACCUUUAUUUCUUCAGUAUCCAGACAUCUGGGGUCAACUGUGACCUGCAGGUUUAUUACUGACAAGAAGUCUGAAGAGAAAACCCAUGAGCUCAAAGACAUUUGUGCUAAACCUCAGUUCAGGGAGCCGGUACAAUUCACCAUUACCAGUCAAGGAGAUGUCCAGCUGGCAGCCAGUUUAGACAAAUUUUAUCCCCAACCAUUGCAGAUUACCUGGGCAUCUAAGAAAGGUCAGGCUCAUGAGAAAAUUCCAUCAGAAGAGGAAGUCAUGAAGAAUCCUGAUGCCACGUGUAACCUCACAAGUAAAUGUACAGUUUCUGGAGAACUUUUCAAAGAUCCGACAUAUAAAGUCACCGUUACUUGGAAACAUGAAUCCAUGGAUAACUCUCAAACCAAGGAGCUCUCUGCAAAAGAUUUUCCCUGGCGUCCCCAGAUUGGAGACUAUAUAGAAAGUGUUAGCCAGGAUGAUACGAUUAUUUUCAAGUGUUGUGUAUCAAAUUAUUUUCCUGAUGCAUUGACUGUGAAGUGGUUUGAGAAGGAGAAAGAUUGUCCAGAUUUAAUAGAAGUUACAGAAUCUGAGAAAUAUACAAUUCCAAAAAUGAUAUCAAACAGAACAGACAAGAAAACUUUCACUGCAAUGUCUCGUCUGUCUGUGAAGAAAUCACUAGUGACAGAUAAAGACGUGGGUCUAGUCUGCAGAGUGGAUCACCCCAGCUUGGAAAAACCAAUCGAGGCCAAGACUGCAUCAGUGCAGCCCAGAGACACCGGGGUCCAGGCGUUUUUUGUUAACAACAUCCAGGGACCCCAGAAGUGGUAUGGAGGGGAGAAGGUGAUCUUGUACUGUGCAGCUUCAUAUUGUACCGAGAACACCCAGGUGAUAUGGAUUGUGACGGGAAAAGAUGGGGCAGAACAUGAAAUAUGUGAGGAUUCUGGAGGUGUGAGGAAAGAUGGCGGUCAGUGUCCAGGCUACGUGGCUCAUAGAGAGAGGACGGACAUAUCUGAUAUACCAGGUCUCCUGGAUGUCACCAGUUGUCUCAGCUUCACACCUUAUGUUUCUAAACACAAAGAUAUCACAAUAAGCUGCAAAAUUACCUGUGACGGGAGAAGCAAGCAGAAGACUUUCCAGCGGAAACAGCUUUUUGCAAAGCCCAAAGUGUUAAAUCCUAUAAAAUUGUCCCUGACCGAUUCAGCUGAUGUUCUGUGUGCAUUGGACAUAGAGGAAUUUUAUCCUUCUGAUAUCCAGAUAAAAUGGAACCAUCAAGAAAAUCCGAGUCCAGAUAAAACAGUUAAGAAUGCAGGUGGCACUUACAACGUACAAAGCGAAUGUAAACUUCCCGGAAGCUUCUUCAAAGACCCACAAUUCACUGUGAAAGUUUCCUGGAAACAUGAGUCCAUGGAUGGCUGGGACUGGAGGCAGAUGUCUGCUGUGGAUAAAGAUUUUCCAUGGAAGCCAAAAUUACAAGAGAUUUCCAUUCCCAACCUUCUUGGUGGUAUCACAGCUAUACUGAAAUGUGAGGUGUCUAACGUAUUCCCUGAUGUAAUGAAUGUGAAGUGGCUGAAGAGGGAGAAGGACAGUCAAGAAUUAUUCCCGCUGGUUCUCAUUGACAAAUAUAGCAUUUCAGACAUUACACCAGAGCGGCAGACGGAUAACACACUCACAUAUAAAGCAUGCUUAAAGUUUACUCCAUCCAUCAUCGCGGACCAUGGAACAGAGUUCAUCUGCAGAGUGGAGCAUCCCAGUUUAGAGAAACCAGCAGAAAAGCGCACCGGACCCCUCUCUAUACAAGAUGUCAAGAGCUCAGCUCCACCUCAGGAUAAAAGUCAAACAGAUUCUGCUCCUCUGGAAGAAAGUCAAACAGAUUCUUCUCCUGAUGAUAGGGUGCAGGACUUGGCAUCCAUAAUACCACAGAAAAAUUACCAGCGACUUAUUGUUGGGGACAUCAGAGGAAGUGAUCAGUGGACGCAUAAGAAAAAGCUGUCUCUUCAGUGUCCAGUGUCUUAUUGUCCUGAGGAUGUUACAGUCGUGUGGACGGUGACUGAGGGGGACGGCAACGUCCAGGAAUUAUCCAGCUCUGCGGCACAGCCGCUCGGGAGGAGGGAGGCUCUGAAGACUUCUGUAUAA